AUGGCCGCCAAGGUAUACCGCGCCAGCACGACGGCACCCGUCAACAUUGCCGUCGUAAAGUACUGGGGAAAGCGAGACCCCAAGCUCAACCUCCCCACCAACAGCUCCCUCUCCGUGACCCUCUCCCAAUCCGACCUCCGAACCCUGACCACGGCAUCAUGCUCCGAGUCCUUCGACCGUGAUAGCCUCAUUCUCAACGGCGAGGAGGCCGACGUUUCGGGCGCCCGAACCCAGGCCUGCUUCCGCGAACUUCGAGCCCGCCGCGUAGCCCUCGAGGCCAAGGACGCCUCGCUACCCAAGCUCUCCGCCAUGCAUCUGCGCAUCGUGUCCGAGAAUAACUUCCCCACAGCUGCUGGUCUCGCUUCCUCAGCGGCGGGCUUCGCCGCUCUGGUUCGAGCCAUUGCUGAUCUGUAUGAGCUGCCCGACUCGCCCACGGAGCUUUCCCUCAUCGCGAGGCAAGGGUCCGGAUCGGCGUGCAGGAGUCUUUUGGGCGGAUACGUUGCGUGGAGGGCUGGUGAGAAGGAGGACGGCACUGAUUCGCUCGCCGAGCAGGUAGCGGAUGCGUCGCAUUGGCCCGGCAUGAAGGCGUUGAUCCUCGUCGUCAGUGCCGGCAAGAAGCUCGUUCCUUCGACUUCCGGAAUGCAACAGACCGUGGCCACGUCGUCGCUAUUCAAGCAGCGAGUCGAUGCCGUCGUGCCCGUUCAUAUGAAGGCCAUGGAAGAGGCGAUACGCGAUCGCGAUUUUGCCAAGUUCGCCGAGGUGACGAUGAAGGACUCGAACUCGUUCCACGCCACCUGCCUCGAUACCUACCCGCCCAUCAUCUACAUGAACGAGUAUUCCAAGGCUGCCAUUCGCGCGGUGCAGCUGAUCAACGAGGCCGCGGGGAAGACUGUCGCGGCUUAUACCUUUGAUGCUGGCGCGAACCCCGUCAUUUACUACCCUGAGGAGGAGUCCGAGGCCGUAGUCGGCACUCUCUUUAGCGUGCUCUCCGAGCGACCGGGAUGGAAGGAGCCCGAAGCGUACAAGGGAUUGAAGGCUGCGGUCGCCCUCGAUGAUAUUGGUUCAUUCCUGGCCGAAGGUGUCAACCGUGUCAUCAUGACUGGAGUUGGAGACGGUCCCGUCAAGUCUGACCAGUUCUUGAUUGCUGAGGAUGGAAGCCCAGUCAAGACUAAUUAG